ACAGCUCUGCGCGUGACGUCAUCGUUCGCCGGACACGCCCGAAGUGUCACUUACCAAACUUAUCCCGGCAGCGGAGUUCUACGGAACUUUAACUAUAAGGGGAAGAAACGUCUUGCGGGGUCGGGUGUCCAGCAGUAUCUAACCAGGAAAAAUGUCUACUCCUGGACCUUCAGCCACAGGUGAUCCUGGAAAUCGGCGCCUGCAGCAGACUCAAGCACAAGUCAAUGAGGUGGUUGAUAUUAUGAGAGUUAAUGUGGACAAAGUCCUGGAGAGAGACCAGAAGUUGACUGAUCUUGAUGAUAGGGCAGAUGCAUUGCAAGCAGGCGCUUCCCAGUUUGAGACCAGUGCUGCGAAGCUUAAAAGAAAGUACUGGUGGAAAAACUGCAAGAUGUGGGCAAUAUUGAUAGCUGUAGUUGUGAUAAUAAUCAUCAUUAUCAUUGUGUGGAGCGUCUCCUAAUCCUUCGGGGAUACGGAUCCUAACUGAUGCCAAACCAGUUGCUGCAGCUUUUUUUUUUUUUUUUUUUUAAAUCUCUGAACCUGCUGUAUUCAAUAGUUUAUAUUCCAACUCAAGGAAAAAUGUUUAGAGUUAAUAUUUCUUGUUUAUAGAGUUAAGUGCCUUAGUGAAACAUAAAACACAACCUAUUAAUGCCAAACUAAUGGGCACAAUGUGUCUUUAAACAACAUUGAAUGUGAGUUUAUUUGCCCACUUAAAUACCUACUAUUCUUUUUAAUUGCUGUGCAGAGGAAGGCAUCAGAUUGUGCACUUCGCAAAUUGUCAAGGACUUUGCAACUUUAUGCAGUGGUUGUUGAACUAAAACUCCCAGCAGCAUGCUUCUGAAGCAACUGGAGCCUCUCAAGAUGCAAAUCUGUGAAAUCAGAAAUCAAAAAUCUAACAGUAAAAAUUAAUUAUUUAUCCUUUAAAUGGAGUGCCAAGAGAUGAAACCUUUCUUGGGUAUUUGUAGGAACAUAAAUAUUUAAAGGGAAAAUACAAUAAAAUCUAAGAACUUUGCUCCUUCUUAUAUUUCAGUUUUACAAACCAAUGUGAGCUUCUCUGUUGCUAGACUUUGUGGCUACCCUUAGUAAAAUAGAAAAUAUAGGCUAUUGUGCCAUUUCUAAAACGUA